AUGCUGGGUAUAGACAGAGUCCCAAGACGAAGAGGACUUGGAUAUGAAUCCGAGGAAAGGGUGCAAACACUGGCGCACACUAACCAAGGAUCCAGUGAAGAAAACGUAGGAAGAAACAACAAUUUGUUUGGACAUGAUCAAGAGAUACUACCAGAUGAAAACUUUCCACCAAACCGUACUGUAAGGAGAAGACCAGAAACAGAUAUUAGCGAGUCAAAUGUCCAAGGACCAAGACCAAUAAGGCGGAACAACCCAAUUGAACCAGAAGCUCCUAAUCAACCACAACAAGGAUUAGGAAUGGAGCACACUUUGAAGAUGCUUCAUGACGUGAUAGCAAGGUCACUACAACAACCUCAAGUGCAGCCUCAACCACUCUUGCCACCACAACCUACAGUGGCUACACCUAUGUUACCGUUGAUAACUGCCAUGAAGAAUAUGAAGACACCACAUUUUGAAGGAGGGACAGAUCCAUUUCAAGCCAACCAGUGGCUUCGAACUAUGGAGAAAAACUUUGAGACCCUGACGUGUUCUGAAGAAUCUAAGAAGAAGAUGGCAAUGUAUUACUUAGAUAAAGACGCGGCAGAAUGGUGGGAGAGUAGGGAUCGCCAAGUGGGACAUCUGGUCACCACUUGGGCGUCAUUCAAACAAGAAUUUGAACGCAAGUACUUCACUCUUGAGUCCAAGCGAAGGCUUCAACGUCAGUUUGCCAACCUAGUACAAGGAGAAAAGACAGUUAGAGAAUAUGAAUAUGAGUUCAUGCGACUGCGACGACACGUGUUGCGAGUACAAGAUGAUGAAGAAACAAUGAUAUCUAACUUUAUGUUUGGUCUAAAGCCAGAGUUAGAAAAUAGACUAGCAUUCGGGAACUACGAGAGUCUCACCGAGCUAGUGGAAAAGGCUGUGAAUGUGAAGAUCGCAUUGGAAGCUGAGAAGGCGGCAAGUAAGAAAUCCAAGCAGCAUCAAGAAGGAAAGUAUGGUGGAAACCAAAGAUCAUUUAAGGGUAAAGAUAAAGAAAAGGAAUCGAGAGGGCCAAGUCGACGAUCUUUGUUCACAGGAAAAUGCUUUAACUGUGGCAAGAUAGGCCAUAAGUCAAGUGAAUCCUACGGGAAGAAACCUGGAUCCUUUCAGUCAAACUCCUACAAUCCUACAUGUUUCACGUGUGGAAAGAAAGGGCACAUCUCUACCCAGUGCAGCGUCAAUCGUCCUAUCCCAGCUACGCCAAUCACUGUUCAACAUCCUCCAGCUCUACCUGCAACCGCACCAGUACCAAAAAGGCAAGCUAUAGGAGGUAGAGUUUACGCUAUAGAACUAGAGGAUACUAAACCUACAGGCCCAUCUACGGGUCCCAUCACAGGAACUUUAUAUGUUGCAGGGCGUCCCACACAUGUAUUGUUCGACUCCGGGGAAACACAUAGUUUUGUGACCCCUGAGGUAGCUGCUGAGUUUGUGGGAUCAUUUGUGAUUGACAGGAUGGAUGUGGCUGUAAUGACUCUCGGAGACCAAACCCUCCAAGCAAGAGAAGGCAUUACAAGAGUUCCGUUAGUCAUUUGCGAGAAGAUGUUCUUGGCAGAUUUGUUGGUGGUGCCCUUAAAAGGAUAUGAAGUUAUCCUGGGAAUGGAUUGGUUAUCACGCUAUCGGGCACAAUUAGAUUGUGGAAAAGGUCGUAUUUUGUUCAAGGAGAACGGGCACAAGGCACACUUGAAGCUAGUGUUGGAACGGUUAAGGAACCAAAAGUUGUAUGCCAAGUUCAGCAAGUGCUCUUUCGGGAAAAGAGAAAUCGGGUUUUUGGGCCACCAAGUGUCUGGGGAAGGAGUUUCCAUAGAUUCAGAACAGGUGAAAGCCAUUAAGGAAUGGCAAAGACCAUCAACAGUAACCGAGGUAAGAAGUUUCCUCGGGUUAGCCGGGUAUUAUCGAAAGAUCGUCAAGAACUUUUCUUUGAUCGCUAAGCCCCUGACAAAGUUGACUGGAAAAGGAGUUUCGUUCAUCUGGGGAAAAGAAACAGAGGAAGCAUUUCAGAGACUGAAGAAAGCUUUGACCACAACACUGGUAUUGGCAUUACCUGAACAAGCUAAACCUUACACUGUGUACGCAGAUGCUUCUAGGGUUGGGUUGGGCUGUGUGUUGAUGCAGGAAGGCAAAGUAAUUGCUUAUGCAUCAGGGCAACUCAGGAAGCAUGAAGAGAACUACCCAACACACGACUUAGAAAUGGCGGCAGUGGUGUUUGCGUUAAGGAUUUGGAGAUCCUACUUAUAUGGAGAAGUUGUGGAAGUAUUCACAUAUCAUAAGAGUCUCAAGUAUUUGUUCACGCAGCCUGAUCUGAACCUCCGACAAAGGCGAUAG